AUGUCCGCUAAUGAUGUACUAGACGUACUCGAAAUCCAAAGAGAUGACACACAACCAGCAAAAAAGAAAAUUAAAACAUCAUCACCAGCGGUAGAUUCAAAGCCAUUAACAGGUAUGGCAAGGGAAUUAUACAAUUUAGUAGGUCCCAAUACUCCACCAGUUAAUUUGCAACCAUCAAGUUCAACAAGAGAUAAAAAGGCAUUUAAACCAAGUCCUUGGUCACGCAUUACUUUUAAACCUUCAACUAAUGGAAUAAAGUUAAAGCAUUGGGUUAAAGGUUCUGAAAGUUUAUUGAAUACUGAAGAAGAAAAUAUGAAACCUUAUUUUUUUGAAAAAUUUAAUGUUAAUGUUGAUAUUCCUGAUUUAGUUGAAGAAGAUGUUUAUAAUUCAUAUAUUACAGAAAUUGAAGAGGAAGAGAAAAGUAAACAAGUGGAGUUGAAUGAAGAUAAACAGGAAAAUAUACAAGGAAAUAAUCCUGAUGAUAAACCAACCACUCAAGAAGAAAAUAAGAAAGAGGAGGAAAAGAAAGAUGAUGAGAAAGUAGAAUCAGACAAAAAGGAAGAGGAGGAAAAAAUCGACGACAGUAAAAACCUAAAUACUUGGACAUAUGAUGAAACUAAAUCAUUAUUUGAACUUUGUAAAGAUUUCGAAUUAAAAUGGCCGAUAAUUCAUGACAGAUUCCCAGGUAAACGAACACAAGAAGAAUUAAAACAACAUUUUUAUAAAAUAACAUCAAAAAUACUAUCACAUCAAGAACAAAAAAAUCAAACUCUAAUAGAUUCAUUAAAUUCAUAUUCAAAAGAUAAAGAAGUUGAUAGAAAACAAUAUCUUGAGAAUCUUAUAUUAAGAACUCCGGCAGAAAUAGCAGAAGAAGAAUCUUUGGUGAUUGAAGCUAGAAGAUUUGAAUUAGCUGCUAAAAAGAUGUUAAUGGAAAGAUCAAAUUUAUUAGCAUUAUUAGAUUCUCCACAAUCUACUCAAAAUGUAGCUCAAUAUCAAUCAUCUCAAGGUAUUGCUAACUUAUAUAACAAUUUAAUGAUUUAUGACAAACAUCAAAAGAAAAAAAAACAACAAGUUAUACAAGAUCCAAUCCCACCACCAAUACCAGCAGCUGCUUCAUCAUCAUACAAAAGAGAUCGUGGAUUUCAAACUCAACUUCAACAAUAUUUAUCCAGUUUAUUAAAACAAAAUUAUCAUACAAGUGCAUCAAUUAGACAAGAAGCGAAUUCAAUACAUCAAUUACUUUCUAAAAAAUUAACUCAAAAGGAAGAAGAAGCUUAUGGAUUAUAUUAUCAUGGAGUUGAAAAAUUAACUCCUGGAGUAGCAUUAAGAUCUCAACAAAGAUUACCUGGUUUACAACAAAGACAAUCAGUUUUGAAAUUAGUAAGUUCUUUAUUACAAGAAUUAGAUGUUCCAACAGCUGGUGGGAAUGCAAUGAAACCAAUAAUGCCAACAAGAAGAACAAUGACGAAAUAUGAUGAAUUGUUAAGAUCUGUUGUCACUUUAUUAGAUGUUAAAAAGGCUAAAGAUAAACUUGAAUCAGAGAUUGCUUUAAUUAAGAGUCAACGUGAACAACAACUGUAA